UUCGUUUUAUUUUUUUCUUUUCUUCCUACUUAUUUUUCUUUAAGGAAUCGGUGCUCGAAUACAGUGUUGACGCUAGUUUGCAGAUAGCCAUAUAGUGUUUUUCGGAGGGAUUAAACAAUCGUCGGUGCAUCCUGCAACCUGAAGCAACUUCAAACUAAGGAAUCUGGGAUUGUGUGCAGUUUAAAUACUCAAUCAUGUGUCCUGUGGAUGCCACAGGUCACUUGCUUCGCAGGCUAAUUUCUCCCAUUCCACUUUAGCAAAGGAGCAUCUAAAAGGCAGAAAAAACUAAAACUUUGGGUCUGGAGGCCAGUAUUCCGAGAGUAAUUGUAAAUGCGUCGGCCUGCAUGGGGAUGUUUAUUUCGAAAGCUACCUUGACUGUGUGCGUCCCUUUGUUUCUUAAUAAGUAACCUAGCGAGAGAGCGAGUCCCAUGCACAUCUCUGCUGGGGUGCUGAUAGCGUCAACAUGAGUAGUACUUUAGGCAAAGACAAAGAUUCAAAAGAAAAGGACCCCAAAGGCGGUCCGGCGGGUAAAGAAAGGGAAAAAGAGGCCAAGACUUUAUCCAGCCUAGUCAAAGAUGGUGGCAAAGAAACAAAGACCAAAGGGAAGGACGCCAAAGAAGGAAAGAAGGACACAAGUAGCUUGACGCCGGGUGUUGCCUUCGCUGUUGACAAUACGAUAAAGCGGCCAAACCCAGCACAAGGUACACGCAAGAAAUCCAGCAACGCGGAGGUCAUCAAGGAGCUCAAUAAAUGUCGGGAGGAGAACUCUACGAGACUGGACCUGUCCAAGAGGUCCAUUCACAUGCUGCCCACUGCUAUUAAGGAGUUGACGCAGUUGACAGAACUCUAUUUAUACAGCAACAAGCUGCAGAGCCUACCGGCGGAGCUGGGCUGUCUGUCGGAGCUGGUCACUUUAGCCCUCAGCGAGAACUCCCUGACCAGUCUGCCCGACUCCCUGGACUCGCUGAAGAUGCUCCGGAUGCUCGACCUCCGGCACAACAAGCUCCGAGAGAUUCCGCCCGUCGUCUACCGGCUCACGUCUUUGACCACGCUGUACCUGCGCUUCAACCGCAUCACUACAGUGGAGAAGGACAUCCGCAACCUGUCCAAGCUCACCAUGCUGAGCAUCCGGGAGAACAAGAUUAAACAGCUACCAGCAGAAAUAGGGGAGCUCUGCAACCUCAUUACUCUGGAUGUUGCCCAUAAUCAGUUGGAACAUCUACCAAAGGAGAUUGGAAAUUGCACACAAAUAACCAACCUUGACCUGCAGCACAACGAGCUCUUGGACCUCCCAGAGACUAUAGGCAAUUUGGCAAGCAUAAAUCGUUUAGGACUGCGAUAUAACCGAUUGUCAGCCAUCCCCAAGUCAUUAGCCAAAUGUCGAGAGCUGGAGGAGCUUAACCUUGAAAACAACAACAUUUCAGUAUUACCAGAGGGCCUGCUGUCGAGUUUGCUAAAUUUGACGAGCCUCACGCUGGCGAGGAACUGCUUCCAGUCGUACCCUGUGGGCGGACCCUCCCAGUUCUCCACCAUUUACACCCUCAACAUGGAGCACAACCGUAUCAACAAGAUCCCAUUCGGUAUCUUCUCCAGGGCCAAAGUGUUGAGCAAGCUGAACAUGAAGGACAACCAGCUAACGGCGCUGCCGUUGGAUUUCGGUACAUGGACUAGCAUGGUUGAACUUAACCUGGCCACUAAUCAGCUGAAUAAAAUCCCAGAAGACAUCUGUGGGCUUAUGUCUCUAGAGGUAUUAAUACUUUCCAAUAAUCUUCUGAAGAAGCUGCCGCACGGUAUUGGAAGUUUGAGAAAGUUACGAGAACUUGACUUGGAGGAAAACAAGCUAGAGUGUCUACCACAUGAAAUCGCUUACCUUAAAGAUUUACAGAAAUUGGUGUUGACUAAUAAUCAGCUGACUACGCUACCAAGAGGCAUCGGUCACCUCACCAACCUGACUCACCUUGGUCUGGGAGAGAACCUGCUGCAACACCUUCCUGAGGAGAUCGGCACACUGGAGAAUCUGGAGGAACUGUACCUCAACGACAACCCCCACCUGCACAGUCUCCCGUUUGAGCUGGCUCUCUGCAGCAAGCUGUCCAUCAUGAGCAUCGAGAACUGUCCCCUCACCCACCUGCCGGCCCAGAUUGUUGCUGGAGGCCCUUCUUUCAUCAUCCAGUUCCUCAAGAUGCAGGGACCAUACCGUGCCAUGGUCUGAGGCAAGAGCAGGUCCAAAACCCUUUGGCUUUACUCUGCACCCCUUCCCCUGCCUGCCCUCCCGUUACGUGUAUCAUACACUGUAAAGAAAAACAAACUCGCUACAAUCAGUGUUGGGGGCGCACAUUAAUAACGGGGGAGGGAGGCGCUUAAGGAUCGCAUUUUGUUCUCAGUCCUCUGACCAAAAUGGAAGCCAAACUUUUGGAGUCUUUUGUGUUCCUCCGGAGUCAGUCCCGGUCAUUUAUGAUGCGCUCCGUUCCCCUCGGCCACCAAACCCCCACUCAACUUUUCAUUCCGAAUCAUGAAACGAGAAAAUUUCCCCCUUUCUUCAACGUGUUUUGCCAAAACUGAAGGUAUAUAAAGUUUAAUAUAUCGAGUGACUGUGAGCUCUGACGCGAGUCCUUCAGCUUUUUAAACCGUAAUCCCCAUUGCCAAUGUAUUUACAGUAAUUACAGCAUCUAAUAUGUGAGCAAGGAUACAAUUGUAUGCAAAAACACAAAAAGCAAGUCUUUUGGAACUUCUCAUUUACUGCUGCUGCUGUUGUAAUUUUAAACUGUCAUCUUAUACUUUUGCUUUUUUUUUUUUUUUUUUUACAUAAUCUUUUCUGGUCAUAACUUAUGUUAAUUGUUUCUUGACCCAAAAGAACAAAGGUCUAAUGUUUUUUUGUGUUUUUUUUUUUUUUUUCUGUUUGUUUUAAAAACUGUGCCUAUGUUUAGAGUGAUCCGGUGGCUCAUUUCUAAACGCAAUUCUCCAUGACAUACAAAGACAUAAAUUAUUUCAAUAGUGUUUUUAUUACUACUGUUUUUAUUAUUUUUGUUUUCUUUGUUUAUGGGUUAUUGUACUUUUUAAUUGUACCUGUUGCAUCAUUCUGUCAUGCAAGUGAUAUCAGUUGUAAAAUAUGAAGAUCGUUUUUAACAAAUAGCAGCAGUAGGUGUUCAGCAUUGAGCUAGUCUUUGUAUACAUAUGAUAAAUGCCAAUUCUACAUGUCUGCAGAGAGGGUGGGGCGAGGGUGGGACUCUGGGGGGCAUUGGGACUUUUCUUUGCCCCCCUCCAAACCCCAAUGAGGAGCAUGGGAGGCAGCUCCUGCUAGUUAUUGAGAGGGAUUAGCGGGUUGAGGGGGUCAUGAAAUAUAAAUAGGUGUUGGGGAUAAAUAAUAGAUGUUUUAUACAUUUAUACAAUUUCUGGUUGUUGCCUUGGGUGAAAUUUUUAGUUCAUGUUUACUUGUUUGAUAUCUCCAGUGUUGAACUUAAUGGCCAUCAUCCAGUUGAUCAUAGACGAACAUAUCAAGCGUUAUUAAAAACACAUUUUUCUGAGUCUCUGGAGCAACUUGGCGAGUGUCGGAGCCAAGUUGCUCCGACACUCGUGUCAAUCCUCUGUGACACUUUUUUUUUUUUCCCCCCUCUCUAAAACUUUUCUCUUUUUGUUUAACAGGGUGUCAUGAUCUUAAACACACAACUGAAACUACUCCCUUGACUUGUAUCCAUUUCUGAUUAUUUAAAGAUAUAUCAUUUGUGCCACACUGUCCCAGCAAUGCUGCUGCUUUCAUGCACUUUUUUUUUUUUUUUUUGAAGAUAUUGUCAUAAUUUGUAUUGAAGCGGGCACACAAAAAGACCCUCUCUCUAACUUUGGGGGCAUUCUCUUCUUUUUUCUUUCUUUCUUUUUUUAACGGUUUAUCAUGUAAAUUUGUAUCAAUCGAAUAUAAAUGUUGAGUUUGGCAGUCUCGGAAUUUUACAAGUAACUUUGGUGAAAUUUAACCCUGUCGAUUUUAUUAAAGAAGCUUUCUUUUGUCUUGGGCUGUAAAAAUAUUUUUUAAAACUUCCAUAUCCUGCUUUCUUCAUUGCUUGAAAAAAAUGGCUUCUUGCAUUUAAAAGGAGCGUGAUGUUCAUUUUUAAAUAAAUUUUGAUGAAGUGCUUAUUCUUUUUUUUUUUUUUCCAAAACGAUUAAAUGUAUAUUAAGUUAGUAUGUAUAUAUUUUUCUUUUUUCAAGCGACUGUACAUUUAAAAAAAAAAAAUCCCUAUGAAAGGUCAUUAUUUGGAUACGAUUUUUUCUCCCCGGUUCGAGUCGUAAUUCGAUUUUUCGUAUCGGGUCCAGUUUCCUGAGCUCCUCGAUGUGGGGGGGGGGGGGCACGCUGCUUCUAAUUUACCAGCAAGAACCUGUUGCUGCUCCUCAUUGACUCAAACACGCGGAUCAGGCUGGCGGAGGAGGCGGAACCGAAUAGUUUUUUUUUUUUUCCACGUCGGGCCUCGGUGGGUUAAACAGAUCAAAUUGUUUGGACACGAAGCAACACAACAAAAGGUGCAUAUUUGAGCUCAAACCGCAGUUCUAGUACAAGACUGUCGGGUGGUGGUGGUGGGGCAGAACAGUUGUAAAAAGGGCUUUCUGUGUUCACGCUCAACAACACCAGAGGCAUUGCAUUCCUGGGUUUUUAUAUACAAGCUUUGGGAGUUUCUUCUCUCUUUGUGUGCGUGUUUUACUUUACGCUGUGCGUGGGGCGGGAGGGGGACGAUGCCUUCAAGUACUCAACAGUGAGAUGUGCAUUAGGUAUGCAGCGUGACUGCUGUGACCCGUUUUUACAUUCUCUUGAUCUUCUCAGCUUUCUUUUAUUAUUAUUAUUAUUAUUAUUAUUAUUAUUAUUUCCGUGCCAUGUCGCAACGCGUCGGCGUUUGAAGACCCGGGACGGCUGGAGGAGAGUCGGAUUGAUCGAGUCAUUCGUCCGACGGUAGAAUGUAGUUCACUGGUCCGUCCAAAAUGCAAAACGAGUCGAGUGUCAUUUUUCUCUCUCUCUCUCUUUUCUUUUUCCUCCUCCUUUUCUCCGACAGAAUCCGUCAUUUUUGCUCAUUCUGCUUUGCUUCUUGGUUCCUACACCGUGCAACUUCGCCAUCCCUCGACUGGUUUCCUUUUGUACAGGCAGCAGAGCAUGCGGGGACACACCUGACCCGGUCCGUCAGUCUGUCCGGGUCACAAUCAGGCCUUCUUUGCUUAGACAACUUUAGUGGCUACUUUUGGUGUUACCUGCGAAAUGCUCCCUUUUUGUAUAUCGCAAAGGGUCUUGAAGCAUUGUGUGCUGAUGCUUUUCCUACUUAAUCUACAUUGACGAGCAGCCUUAAUGGGUUAUUUUUUUUCUUUCCUUUUUUUAUGUGUUUGGCUAAUUCUCGUGUCUAUGGCCACUGACUGUACUUGAUGACAAGCAACUGGUCGUUACAAUGUACAUUUGAUUCUAGUUUUCCUCUGUCUUAUCAUUUAUUUUGUUUGUAUUGUUUUUCUUUUACUCUGUACAGUAAUCUGUAGACUUGGUAUUACAAAAUCUGUUAUGUGAAGAGUUUUAUAAGAAGACAAAGACUGCAUUGGAAGAUGAUGCCAAUAUGCUCCGAGGUGGAUGUGCAUUAAGCUUAUGUUUCACGCGUCUGUGGCAUUAAAGGGGAAUUCCACCAAAA